AUGGAACCAUCGGAACAUUCCGAUGAGUGUGGUUUGUUCGAGCGUAUCCAAAUGCCCAGUACUAGCACAAUGAUUCGAAAACUAUCGUGGAUUCCUCGUGUGCCUAGGGCAGAGACUGAGCUUUCUGAUUUGAAUGAAGAGCUUUCUGGUUUCCUCAUGGUUCUUGGGAAUGAUCAUCGUGUGCGUUGUCUUACACGAAACAGAAAACAGCGUCCCACACAGAAGAAAACAUCCACGGAUCAGAGCGUGGAUGACUCGUGUACUGGAGUGUGUUGGAAAUGUCUUUUCACUUUGGGCAUGGGAACAUGCACAGACCCCUUUGUGUCCAAUUUCGAAUCGCAUCGUUCAUCUAUGACUGUUACGGACGGUAUUCCUCAUCACGCAUUUCCAGCUGAUUCCUUAAAAUGCAGUUCAUCCGUGGCUCUAAUUGACGUUCAUGGGAACGUUCACGUGAUCAGCCUGAUAGCUGCCAUAGAACAUUUUAAUAAAAGUGGAGGAUUACUUGAACGACGUCGGUUGAGACUACUAUUGAGAGAGUUCGGACACUUUCCGGAGAAAUAUCGAGUUACUUCUUGUUUGGCCUUUUGGUCACCGCUAUUCGGAGAAACCGACUGGUUACCUCUGUUCGUUUUUCCGUUCGUCAAACUGUUCCAGAGCAAUGUGAUGCAUGCUUUCGAGGUUGUGGCCACUGUGUUGAUGAAUUGGUGCGCCACGUGGUUCGAAUACUUUCCCAAUCCUCCCAUCAAUAUUUUAUGCAUGAUCGAGAACCUGCUCGCCCACGCUGAUCCUGAGCUGUAUAAUCAUUUUGUUCGAAACGAAAUCACCACAGAGAUCUAUGCUUGGCCGCUAUUGCAAAGUGCUUUCAGUGAAAUAUUCACAGAAAACGAAUGGUUGAUCCUUUGGGAUACAAUUCUGUGUCAUCCGCCGGGACUUUUCCUCGCACUGGUCGUGGCAUAUGCUGUCUGUGCACGGAGUCCGCUACUUCUUGUUCGGGAUACGGAUGCGUUUGAGAUCUUGUAUUCCGCGCCACCGGAUUUGCAACCGGAUCGACUUCUGGCUAGUUUGAUACGUAUGGACGGUACUCGUGAGAGAUCGUGUCAAGGCUCUGAAACAAAAACGAUCCAAUUUUGCCCACUGACCACGCCGCAAUACCCCAUUGUUACUCGCUAUCCAAAAUUCAUUGUCGAUUUUCACAUUCGAGAACGAGAGCGCAUUCGGGAAGAGGAGAAGGAAGCCACAGUGGAAGACAUGCGACGCCGUACACAACUUCUGUCCAAUGAAGAAGAAAAUUGAUUGAGUAACCUGAUUCGUGAAGUGAAACUUCAUGAACUGACUCUGGCUGAAGAAACACAGUCUCGCUCGCGCCAGUUGGACAUGCGUAGACGGAAAGCUGAAUUGGACAAGCUAGAGUUGCAACUCCUACGACUGGCUAAUCGACGUACAGACGAAAUGGACGCGGCGACACAUGCAAUGGAAUUGGCUCGUCUUCAAGAAACUUUACAAAACAAACGGGCAGAACAAAUGGCCGUGAAAAUGACCGCCCCAACGCAUCCAAACGAAUCUGUUGAGAAAGAUCCGGAUUCAGAUUCUCUUUCACAGAUUAAUUCUUUUUCGCGUCCCAGUCAGGACACAACAAAGUCCAGUGAAAAUCAAUCGCACGAUGACUCGCCCAUUCGUACAGAGUCCAACUCAGUCACUGCGAACUGGAUUGCUACAAAUCAUCCAGUCGGUAAUCUAGGUCCUAGUUCCGCCUCCACAGUAAGCUCUAUAUGUCUGCAUCUAAAUACAGUCACCAAGAUCGUUUCUACAAAUGAAGCAUGA